AUGGAGAGGGAGCGGGAGUCUCCUGACCCCACCGUCACCUUCUUCCAGCCCCGUGUGAGCCAGGUGCUGGUGCUUUUCAGUUUGUUCAAUGGCAAUGAUGUUGCUUUGAGAAGGUUUUUACCCAAGAGUCAUCUUUCUAAGGUGAUCAUCCGUGAUAACACCAGUGUCCAGCGAGUGCAGGAGAUUAAGGUAAGGCACAUCGAAGACAGCAAAAGGAAGAUGGGCAAUCUAUUUGACCAGAUGAAAAAGAAGUUUGUGCACGACCAGCAGAAGAAGAUGACCCGCUGGAAGAAGGACUAUAGCAGAUACGACAGAAUGCUGCAACAAAUUGACCAGAGGGCCUUGGUGAAAAAAGGCACCCCGAGCUUUGCAUCAUUGGAACCACAGAAGUCUGCUAAUCUAGGAUGGAAAAGGGCAGGCUUUAAGCAAGAGAGAAAAAGGCAGCUUCACUAACAAGCUGGAAAAGUGGCUUUGUGGCUCCACACUGAGUAAA